CUGGCGCUUCCUAUUUCCGAGUGCGGCUUCUGUCAUAAAGCGGAGACCUCCGUUCAGACGUGGUGUCGCGGGUCCCUCGCCACUAGCCUGGGGUCAGCGCGCAAGCACGGGCGCGGGUAGGGGGACUGCACAGCCUACGGCUGCGGCGGACUGCGCGGGCCGGCCCGCACUGGCACCUCUGAGCCCUCAGAGCUGCCUGGCUGUUGAGCCCUCACGAUUUCGAGUCCGUUAUUGCCGGCCUCCGGGACGGCCGCUCGAGAGCCCAGCGCUGCUUCGCCCCACAGUCACGCUCUGCCCUGCGAGGUGCAGCAUUAAUCAAAUAACCGCCCCACACACCACUGUCACCCACAUCCGCGUUAACUUCUGUCUUAACCUCCUUCAUACAAGACCCCUCUCCUCUUCUUCUAGAAGAGGUCAUUUUUGCCCACUUCCCGGAAAAUCGAGGGAGUAUCCUGCUGAAAGGUUACAUUUAAGGCUGAGCACCCAUUUGAUACCCCCCAAAACUUUAUGCUUGCCGGAGCGUUUGUGGGCAAAGUAAAACCCAGUGCACACGGGAAACUAUGGCUGAGCAUGGGGCUCACAUCACAGCUGCUUCUGUGGUGGAUGACCAGCCAUCCAUCUUUGAGGUGGUAGCACAGGACAGUUUAAUGACAGCAGUGAGACCUGCUCUUCAGCAUGUGGUCAAGGUUCUUGCAGAAUCAAAUCCUGCCCACUACAGCUUCUUUUGGAGGUGGUUCGAUGAAAUCUUUACCCUGCUAGAUCUUCUGCUCCAGCAGCAUUAUCUGUCUAAAACCAGUGCCUCAUUUUCUGAAAACUUUUAUGGCUUAAAGAGGAUUGUAAUGGGAGACACACAGAAACUUCAGAGACUGGCCAGUGCUGGUCUCCCAAAGAAGCAGCUCUGGAAGUCAAUUAUGUUCCUGGUUCUUCUUCCCUAUCUCAAAGUGAAGCUGGAGAAACUGGUUUCUAGCCUGAGAGAAGAGGAUGAAUAUUCUAUCCAUCCCCCUUCUUCCCUUUGGAAACAAUUUUACAGAGCCUUCCUGGCAGCCUACCCAUUUGUUAACAUGGCCUGGGAAGGCUGGUUUCUUGUACAACAGCUUCGAUACAUCCUAGGAAAAGCUCAGCAUCACUCACCACUGCUGAGUCUGGCUGGAGUUCGGCUAGGUCGACUUACAGUUCAGGAUAUACAGACUCUGGAGCACAAGGCAGCCAAAGCCAGCGUGACGCCGCAACCAGCCAGCAGCAGCAUUGGUGAAAAGAUAAAGUCAGCUCUGAAGAAAGCCGUGGGGGGUGCUGCCUUAUCUCUCUCUACGGGCCUCUCUGUGGGUGUAUUCUUCCUGCAGUUCCUUGAGUGGUGGUACUCAUCUGAAAAUCAAGAAACCAUCAAAUCAUUGACUGCCCUGCCUACUCCGCCACCGCCUGUACACCUCAACUACAAUUCUGAUUCGCCCCUGUUACCCAAAAUGAAGACUGUGUGCCCACUGUGUCGUAAAAACCGGGUGAACGACACUGUUCUCGCCACCUCUGGCUAUGUGUUUUGUUAUCGCUGUGUGUUUAAUUAUGUGAGGAGCCACCAAGCUUGUCCCAUCACAGGUUACCCAACAGAAGUACAACAUCUCAUUAAGCUGUACUCCUCUGAGAACUGAAAGGGGUUAGCAUCUUAUCCCAUGACAAAAUGAUUGCACUAUGAGGCCACAGGGUAGUUUUCUACAUGGUAUAUAGCGUUGUUUAAUACUUCUAAUUCUCAAUUAAUAAUUGUAUGAACUUUAAACAACUAUCUGGAUUUCUUUAAAAGGAUAUACUCGUUGAUCUUAACCUUUUAGCUUGCUCUCUAGACAACCCUUCUCAGGGUUGACCAAGCUGGUCAGAGUGAGAGAACUGGGAUUGGCAAAGGAUGUGAGGGUCAGCAUAGAGGAAUUGGAUAAAAGGAUAAUUAGCACAGAAGCUUUUCCUGUCCCCUUCCUUAAAGGACAAGGGGUAUAGAAAGAAGCUCUCAGGAAAACCUACAUUAGACCUCAUCAAGUGGGUGGUGAAGGAGAGGCAGGUCUUUAGGGAAAAAAGCAUUUAUCUGUCUCUGAGGAAUAGGUUUUAUCAGUUUACAAACUGUAAAACUUUUUAUAGAAAUACUUAGAAAUGCUUUAGAAAAACAACAGCUCCUUCCAUAUGCUGUGACCCAUUUGUUAAAUAACAUCUGCCAUAGUUUAUGAACUUUUAAAGAUCCUUUGUGGACUAUACAUAUCUUUCGUCAGAAACUGGUUCAAGGAGAGUAGUGGUUGAAUGUAGACACAGACUAGUUUGAAGAUUCCACUGUGAAAGCAAAGCUAUUAAUGAAGAGAUGAAAUAAAAUACUGAUCUAACUAUGACUGUAUAAAGAAAGGAUCUUUUAAUAAGCUCUUGCUGCUUGCUGUUAAGAGUUUGCUAAACUGGCAUGAAUUAUUCUGGCUAUUACUAAAGUUUCUAUAAAACGCUUAAGCAAAUUUUGAGAAUAAAUGUUUUUAG